GGCUGGGGCGGGCGGGGAGCGAAGGUCGGCGUCUUCGCGCUCGGACCUUCGUCGAGGGGCCGCGGCACCAUGACGGUGGGGACCCGGCUGCGAAGGAAGGCGGCGAGCGGCCUCCCGCGCCGCGGGCCCCGAGGGCGAGGGCGGACGGCGGGGGACGAGGAGGCGGCGCCCAUCUUGGAGCCCCCGGAGUGCGGGGACGAGGCGGCGCGGGCGGCCGAGAGCGCGGGGGGCGGGCGGCGCCCGGGGGCCCGCAGCGCACGGAGAGUGCACCUGGCCGUCCUGCCCGAGCCCUACGAGCCGCUGGAGGAGCCCGCCCCGGGCGACAGGCCCAAGAAGAGAUACCGGCAGAAGCUGAAGAAGUACGGCAAGAACGUCGGGAAGGUCAUCACCAAAGGAUGCCGCUACGUGGUCAUCGGCCUGCAGGGAUUCGCCGCGGCCUACGCCGCCCCGUUCGCGGUGGCCACCAGCGUGGUCUCCUUCGUGCGCUGAUGGCCGCUGCCUGGCCCGGCGCCACGGAGUGAUGGAGCCUCGGCCCGGGACGGCGCAAACCCGGGAGCAUCUCACACUUGAACUCACAGCAGACUUGGAGGAGAAAAAAUGUCUUUGUUGAGUCGGAUGAGUGUCACGAAUGAGUCAUCCCUGCCCAUCUGCCGAGCUUUUCCUGUCUCAGACACGUGUGGAUCCCAUGGUCAAGCCCGCAGAGAAUUAGGCCGAGGUUGGGUUUGAGAUUUGAGUUGGUUUGCUAAGGCCUGAGGCUUCGGGUGAAGGUGGCAGGUGCCAGACGGAGGCCAACACUGGACAGACUCAAGCGUGGGGAGCAGAGUGGCGAUGGCGAGGGGGAGAGAGGAUGUUGACCGCAGAGGAUUUGCUGUAUCCUCCUGGGAAGGUCACGGGCAGACGGGUACUCACAGCCCUCGGCUGCCUGUGUUCUGAGGGCAGCUCAGGAGCUGUUUACUUCCCGAGUUGUCCUCCCCCGUCCCCUUCCUCCGCCACUCUGUCACCAGGAGUUUAAUUACAGGCUUGAGAAGAAGGAAGGAAGACAAAACCUCUUUGAAGGCUAUGAUGCUUUGAAAACUGUGUUGAAAGUGUGUCGUGACUGUUUCAAGUAGAUAAAAGCUUGUCAUUUUCCCCCAUCUUUGCACGGUCGUGCAGCUGGCAAGGAGGGGAGGAGGAAGGGCAAGUUCAGAUGCGGGAUGGGUGGCUGGGACAGAUUGGCCGAGGCACGCUCCUGAGGGCUGUGGUGCCUGGUGUGGCCCAGUUUGGCCCAGCCGUGACUUUGGGGCCAGCCAGACUCUCCUGCAAGGGUGCAGCUGGCUUCGGUCGGGACUGCUAGCAGCAUCUGCCCACUCCUGACAGCUGCGUGCUAGCAGGGGCUGAGAGAGAGAGAGAGAGAACGUCUAGGAGUGAAAGUGUGGAUUUAGAGAAGGGACCAGUAAGUAGGAGACAAGUGUGGAGGAAGUGGAAACAAGGCAAGAGGACGCUGGGGGAGAGAGGUGGCAGUACAGGAAGCGGGUCUGGAGCCUCACUGUUGGGGAGCUCUGGUGGGCUAGGCCUGUGCCUCUAGGUGGGGCCAGGGGAGCUGGGUGGCCAGAAGUGGCAUGGCUGGUGCUUAGAACCCCUCUGAGGCCAUGAGCCCACACUGGCCGCCUUUGUAGCUUCCUUUCCUAUGCUGGCUGGUCUGACGUCAUCUCACCUGGACUCAAAGGUUAGCAUGGGCACGGGUCCCAGGCCUGACACCCACCAGGGAUGACCCGUGGACUGCCACUGCACAGGGAGAUGAAGGAAAGGGCAGGUCCCUCAUGCCGUGCCCCUCUGCCAGCCCCACCGCAAGCCACUGUUCUGACUUUAUUUUCAACAUAUCCAGAAGUCCAAAGUGGUUUUUGCUGACCAUCUGCAGGGUCAGCGGCCACACCUGCCUGUCAUCAGGUAGGUGGGAGCGAGGCCACAACACUCAAGCUGCUUUGAUCAAGCCCAACUAGAAGGAGCUGGGAGAUGGAGAACGUAGCAAGCCAGAUAGACAGAGGGACAGAGAAAGGCAUGGGUGGAGGAGAAGGUUGUAGCUGUGAAGCUAGACUUAGCUUUGCUUUCUGAAGCUUCAACUUCAUGUGGAAGAGAAACUGGAACCCAAUUCUUGCAUCAUUAAUAUUUGAGGAGAAUAGAAAACAGGUGAUCUUGUUUUAGCACAAGGGAAGAAAGUUGAUAACGGCACAUGCCCACACGUGUGAGGUAGCUGCAGCUCGCCCCACACGCCAGGGGACAGGGAAAAGCAGAGAGACACAGGUGGGAGAAGCGGCCAAGCACAAUUAGUGGGGAGGAGAGUCUGGCCCCAUGGGGGCUGCCAGUCACAGGAACGAAGACAGGAGGCUUGGAGGACCCCCUCCCCUGUACCUGGGGAUGCUGUAGAGCCCCAGGGAGCUCACAGACUCCUCCUGGGGACAUGGAAGGGGACCCAGGGAAGGGACCAGAGCUGCUGAGGCCUUUUCCUUGCCUGGGAGUCUGUCUAAAAAAGAGCUUCCCCACCCCACCCCCCAAAUUGGAAAAACUGUACAAUCCAGCACAUUUGGCCCUGAAAUUCUUAAAGUCUGGUUAAAUAUUAAGCCAGAAAUGUCCAAAGUCAAAACCCUGCAGGGAUUGUCCUGGGAGUCAGGUUCAUGGGUACCGAAGAUGAACUUCAAACUGUCACUCGCCUGAGUCAUCAUUUCUCCUGUGAGGCUCCUGUGUUUUUUCUCUUUGUUUGUUCCUUGAGCUUAAGAACUUGGAUCCUGUCUCAGUUUACCUUUUUACCUUUUCUUCCUCUUUAACUUUUUUUUUUUUUUUAAAUAUCAGGGCCCGCACCCUACUGAGAAUCGAGUUUUAGAGCUUUCCCAUUAUGCACUUGACCGAGAGGCUUCUUUUGUAUCCUUUCUUGCGCCAUUAUAUAAAUAAAAGCCCCGAUGUAUUUAGUGUU